AUGGGUCAAAUACUUUCAAAUCCAGUAAUAGAUAAAGAGUGUCAUCAAGGAAUUGAUACUUUCAGCUCAUUUGGACUUUGUUCCAUGCAAGGUUGGAGAACAUCAAUGGAAGAUGCUCAUAUUGUAGAAUUAAAUAUUUGGGCAAAGUAUGUAUCACAAGAAAUCCAAAGAGUCAAUGAAGAAUCAGUGAUUGAUCAUUUAGCAAUGUAUGGUGUUUUUGACGGACAUGGUGGUUCUGCUGUUGCAAAAUUUUGUGGCUCACAAUUUUCCACUAUUUUCAGAGAACAAAUGAUAGAGUCUCUGAAACAUUACCAAACAAAUGAAAACAGUAAUCUUUUUUGUUUAUCUUCUGUUCUUAAGAAAAUGUUAAUUCAUUCGAUAAUAGAUACAUUCCAAAUCACUGACCAAAGAAUUUUAACAGAUCAGCUUUUACAAAAUGAUCACAGUGGAUCCACGUGCAGUUGUGUUUUGAUUUCCAAAAAAAUAGAGACUGUAAUUUGUGCAAACGCUGGUGACAGUCGUUCUGUUCUGGCUACUAAUGGUGUUGCUAAAACAUUAUCCUUUGAUCAUAAACCAAGUUUAGUAAAUGAACGAUCUCGUAUCAUUGCUGCAAACGGGUUUGUUGAAACAGGACGUGUUAACGGUAAUUUGGCUUUAUCUAGAGCCAUUGGGGAUUUUGAAUUCAAAACAAAUGAUACAGUUUCAGCAGAAGAACAGGUAGUAACUUCAUUUCCAGAUAUUUUAGUACACAAAAUAAAUUAUUUAAAUGACGAUUUUCUCAUUCUCGCUUGCGAUGGAAUUUGGGAAUGUUUAACUUCUCAAGAAUGUGUUAAUAUGAUUUACCGUGGGAUAAUAUCAACUGAAACAAAUUCGCUCAAUGAGAUUGCAUCAAAGAUGGUAGAUAUAUGUUGCGCUCCAAGUACUGAGGGAAGUGGCAUUGGUUGUGAUAAUAUGACAAUCAUAAUUGUUGCAUUAUUACAAAAUAAUGAAACAGAAGAAGAUUGGUUUGAAAGACUGAAACAAAAGCAAUUCUUACAAAAUUUUUUGAAAGCAUGUAGUAUUGAGAGUAAAGAAAAUAAAAAUAAUAUAUAUGGCAAAGAAAAUGUACAAAAUAUGGAAUUCUGCAUUAACAGAUCGAAAUUUGAUAUACCAACUUUCGAAACAAUGAGAAGAUUAAUAUACAAUGAUUUUGAUUUUGACACUAUUAUAAGUUUUGAUGAUGAUAAUAAAUCUGCCACCAAUGAUAACGGUGACAGUGACAAAAAUAACAUUUUCAGUAUAACUACAAAAUCAAAGAAAGAUAAGCUGAUAAAUGAAAACAAAUUAAACAUCUCUCUCUCGAUCAAUAAUAGUAAAGAAAUAAACGAAAAUACUUAUAAUUCAGAAGAACAACAACAAAUAGAUUCUGAUUAUAGCUAUAGUAUAAUCGAUUUUGAAUCUUUGAAACAAUUAUUGGAAGCUGGUAUAUGUAUUACUUGUCAUAACAACGAUAAUGAUAAUCCUCUGACACAUAAUAAUGAGUUCACGCAGGGAAUUUCAUCUACAUCGUCCCAAUCUACAGUAUUAAAUACUUAUACAUCAUUAAAUAAGCCAAUAACAGAUGACACAGAUGAUCUAAACCAUAAAAAAGAUGUCAAAGAAGAAAGAAAUUAG